GAUGUGUCAAAGUGACAGCUUUUUGCUAUUUUUCUGUUUAGUCUGCAUUUAGGGGAAUUUUAUGAUUUUCGCGCCAUUUUUGUGUGCGCGCGCGCGCGCCUAAAUCACGUCAAGAGAUGCAAAUUUUUUAUUUGACAUUUCCACCAAACCUCCCUCUCCCCCAAAGCACACUAAAACAGAGCAAAGACACAAAAAAAAACGCCAACACGUAUUUAAGUGCCGGGAAGGGGUGGGAGAACGUGCCUACAAUACUUUCACUUCCCCACAACAAAUUUUAUUCGCGCGCGCCCGUUUCGAAGCCAAGAGGCUCUCUUUCUCUUCCAAAACCCAAUUCGUGUCCAGUUACUUUCCAGCAUUCCUCCGGAUGACAGUGUUUCAUUCAUUUUACCACAAAUACAAAGUCAUUUUUGCCUUUUUGCCAAUUUCAAACAAGUACUUAAGUCAUUUUAUUUUUUUUUUAAAUUUCUUUUAAAUAAUUUUGUUUUUCGUUUUAACCAAAAAAAAAUUGUUUAGUGUGAAGUGUCAAUUUUGUUAAAAAAAAAAAAAGAAAUUAAAAAAAAUAGACAUCCCCGGAAGAGAGACAGCAACAGAAUGUGCGGAAUUUUUGCAUACUUGAAUUAUCUAACGCCAAAGACGCGGCGUGAAGUUCUCGAUGUCCUUGUGAAUGGUCUUAAGAGGUUAGAAUAUCGUGGUUAUGAUUCGGCUGGUGUUGCUGUUGAUUCGGCAGAUGCUCAAGAUAUGAUUCUUAUCCGGAGAUCCGGAAAAGUUAAAGUUCUCGAAGAUGCAAUUGCUGAAGUGUUUACUAGUGCCCCGGAUGAGGCAUCUCGUGAAGUUCACGUGGGUAUCGCUCAUACUCGUUGGGCCACUCAUGGUGAACCAAGUGAACGCAAUAGUCAUCCACAGCGUUCGGAUGAUCAUCAUGGUUUUGUUGUUGUUCACAAUGGUAUCAUGACCAAUUACAAGGAAGUCAAGACAUUCCUGACCAAACGCAAUUAUACAUUUGAAUCGGAUACCGAUACGGAAAUUAUUGCUAAAUUGGUGCAUCAUCUGUGGACCCAGGACAAGGAUUGUAGCUUCCGGGAAUUGGUUGAACAGACAAUUCAGCAAAUGGAAGGUGCCUUUGCCCUUGCCUUCAAAUCUAAACAUUUUCCGGGAGAAUGUGUUGCCACAAGGAGAGGUAGUCCAUUGUUGGUUGGCAUCAAGACUAAAACUCGCCUAGCUACAGAUCAUAUUCCCAUUCUCUAUGGAAAAGACGCUGAUGGUCCACAACAUCCAGAACAUCGACCCCAUGGUACCGGCCGAGAUGUACCGAUGAUGCCCCGAACAGAGAGUACGAGUGAAUUUAUGCCAUUGGAAGAUAAAGAAGUGGAAUAUUUUUUUGCAUCAGAUGCAUCAGCUGUCAUUGAACAUACAAAUCGGGUGAUAUAUCUUGAGGAUGAUGACGUAGCAGCUGUCAAAGAUGGCGCUCUAAGUAUUCAUAGGUUACGAAAAUGCCUCGAUGAUCCACAUGCACGGGAAAUAACGACACUCAAAAUGGAAAUUCAGGAAAUAAUGAAGGGCAACUAUAAGUAUUUUAUGCAGAAGGAAAUUUUUGAACAGCCAGAAUCCGUUGUCAAUACAAUGCGUGGUCGUGUUAAUUUUGACAAUCAAACUGUAAUUUUGGGUGGCAUUAAGGAUUACAUUCCGGAGAUAAAACGCUGCCGGCGUCUUAUGCUAAUUGGAUGCGGUACGAGUUAUCAUUCAGCUGUUGCUACGAGGCAACUUUUGGAAGAAUUGACAGAACUUCCGGUGAUGGUUGAAUUGGCAUCGGAUUUCCUCGAUCGCAAUACACCAAUUUUCCGUGAUGAUGUGUGUUUUUUCAUCAGUCAAAGUGGCGAAACGGCUGAUACAUUGAUGGCCUUGAGAUAUUGUAAGCAACGUGGUGCCCUAAUUGUUGGUGUUACCAAUACCGUUGGCAGUUCAAUUUGUCGUGAAAGUCACUGUGGUGUCCAUAUCAAUGCCGGACCCGAAAUUGGUGUUGCCUCAACAAAAGCCUAUACAUCACAAUUCAUAAGUUUGGUUAUGUUUGCCCUGGUAAUGAGUGAAGAUAGGCUAUCACUGCAGCAACGACGUCAUGAGAUUAUUGGUGGUCUUGCCAGUUUGGCGGGACACAUUAGGAAAGUUCUGGAGUUGGAUGAGAAAGUUAGGGAACUAGCAAGAGAUCUCUAUCAACAUAAAUCUCUGUUGAUAAUGGGCAGAGGAUACAAUUUUGCCACAUGCCUAGAAGGAGCACUCAAGGUUAAGGAACUGACGUAUAUGCACAGCGAAGGAAUAAUGGCGGGAGAAUUGAAACAUGGUCCAUUGGCUCUAGUGGACGAUCAAAUGCCCGUACUGAUGAUUGUGAUGCGUGAUCCAGUUUAUGACAAAUGCAUGAAUGCCCUACAACAGGUACAGGCCCGUCAGGGACGUCCUGUUAUCAUCUGCGAAGCAGGCGAUGAGAAGACAAUGUCCUAUGCCUCACGUGUCCUUGAGAUUCCACGAACCGUUGACUGUCUCCAAGGCAUCUUAACGGUCAUUCCAAUGCAACUGCUGAGCUACCACAUUGCUGACAUGCUCAAUUACAAUGUUGACUGUCCACGGAACCUAGCCAAAUCGGUUACAGUGGAAUAGGACGAUGGACCUAGCGUUUCAGUCAGAAGGAUCAGCAGGAACGAAUAAAUCUCUUGAAGCAAAAA